AUGGCGUGUUCAAAGUCCAUUACAAGAGGGUUUCAUACUAGAAUACCGCCAUGCUCACAAUUUCAGGUAUUUGAUAGAUCUAUCAAAUUGAAGCAACGUGCUAGGGCAGCUAGUGAUCCAGAGAGCUCUAAGGUGGAGUACCUCAGAGAUGAGAUAGCAAGGAGAUCCAUAGAAAGACUCAGCUUCAUCGAUAAAAAAUUUGUGAACUUCAUGGACUUCGGUUCGAACUCUGGUAAUUUCGUGAAGACUUUGUGCCAUGAUGAUGUCAGGGAUAGUGAGCAAUUGAAGGAUGACAAACGAGUGGUUAAAGAGAGACUGCAGUCAUUGUUGAUGGUUGACAGUUGCAAGGAGAUGCUCUUCAGAUAUUCAGAUGAGGAGUUACUACAAGGUUCAAAGGAUUUCGCGCUUUCGAGGAAGGUUGUGGAUGAGGAAUUAUUCAACGAUCCUGCGAUUGCCGAGGAAAACAAGUUUGAAGGCAUCAUCUCCAAUCUCAGUCUUCACUGGAUCAACGAUCUGCCCAGAAUCCUGCAAUCGAUACACAAAUCGCUGAAACCAGAUGGGAUGUUCAUGGGAACUAUGUUCGGAGGAGAUACGCUGUUUGAGCUCCGUACUGCGCUGCAAUUGGCUGAGCUCGAGCGCAAAGGUGGUAUUUCUCCGAGGGUUUCUCCAUUUGUCGGUUCAUCUGAUGUUGGAAAUCUGAUGCAACGUGCAAAAUUCAACCUGCUCACCGUCGAUGUCGAGGAAAUAGUUGUAGCAUAUCCAGAUAUGUGGUCUAUGAUGAGGGAUUUACAACUUAUGGGAGAAUCUAACUCGAUUUUGCAAAUGCCAACCAUGCUGGAUAGAGAUAUGUUACUUGCUGCCGAGCCCAUCUACCGUGCUAUGCAUGGUGACGAAAAGGAUGGCUCGCUUCCUGCUACUUUUAGGCUGGUGUUCAUGAUUGGUUGGAAGCCAAGUCCUAAUCAACCAAAGCCUUUGAAGAGAGGAACCCAGGACUUUUCUUUGAAGGACGCGUGGGGUGACGGGGUACUUGGAACCAGCAAGCUGAUUGAAGAUAAAUAG